CGUUAGUUAAAUAACUGAAUCCUUAGGAGCAGUGGUGGUUAGAAGUUGAAAAUGGAAUUUGUGGGACUAACUGAAUCCCUUACCGCCAAAGCUCGCAUUCAUCUCCUUCCCUACAUUUCAAUCUAUCUUCUGAUCUCCACAAACAAAACCAAAACAAUGCACAAUGCGAGCUUCCUUUGCUCAAAAUUCCAUUUCUGUGCCCCACCACAUGUUUGAUUCUUUGCCCCAACCAAAAACACAACCUCUCUUCACACCCUGCACCUUUCAUCGGAUUGAGCAACGAGUUGAUGCACAAAUCUUUUGGAUUAUUUAACACAACAAGAAGAUGUCGGGAGGAGGAGGAGGAAAGGGACGAGAGCUCGAUCAGACGCCCACAUGGGCCGUCGCAUUAGUUUGUUUGGUCAUUGUAGUUAUUUCCUUAAUGUUGGAGAAACUUCUUCACAAAAUAGGACAUACAUUUGAGAGGAAGAAAAAGAGAGCUUUGGUUGAAGCUUUGGAGAAGAUUAAGGGAGAGCUCAUGGUUUUGGGAUUUAUUUCCCUGCUUCUAACAUUUGGGCAAAGCUACAUUGCUAAAAUAUGUAUUCCUGAAGCAGCUGGCAACACUAUGCUGCCAUGCCUUAUACAUGACGAACACGUCGAACAUCAGGCACCAGGACAUGGGGAACAUGCUCCAUCAGGGGAACAUGGGGAACAUGCUCCACCAGAAGAUGAACAUCAAGAACCUGCUGAAGCAGGGGGAGAACAUCAUAGAAGGCUUCUAUGGAGUAUGCGCAGAGUUUUAUCAGGUCAUGCAGUUGAGGAGUGCAAGGAAGGACUUAUACCACUAAUAUCUCUCAAUGGUUUGCACCAGCUACACAUCUUCAUAUUCUUUUUGGCUGUAUUUCAUGUCAUCUAUGGUGCUAUAACAAUGGCUCUUGGAAGAAUGAAGAUCCGAGGAUGGAAGGAAUGGGAAAUGGCAACUGCUCAAGAUGAAGCAGCCAAUGAUCCUUCAAGAUACAGGCUUACGAAAGAGACAUCUUUUGUGAAAGAAAACACCAGUUUCAUGACUCAAACACCAGUUCUUUUCUACUCUGUUUGCUUCUUUCGGCAAUUUUUUAGGUCUGUUCGUAGGGCUGACUACUUGGCCAUGCGCCAUGGAUUCAUUUCGGUCCAUUUAGCUCCUGGGAGUAAGUUUGAUUUUCAAAAGUAUAUUAAAAGAUCAUUGGAAGAUGACUUCAAGGUCGUCGUGGGAAUUAAUUUGAUGCUAUGGUGUGCAGCAGUGCUCUAUCUGCUGCUGAAUGUGCAUGGAUGGCACGCUAUGAUUUGGCUAUCCAUGAUGCCUUUAGUUACAAUCUUAUCAGUUGGGACAAAGCUUCAAGCAAUUAUAGGACAAAUGGCCAUUGAAAUUCAAGAAAGGCAUGCUGUAGUCCAGGGCAUACCUCUUGUGCAAGUCUCAGACAGACAUUUUUGGUUUAGCAAGCCAAAGUUGGUCCUCCAUCUUAUCCAUCUAACCCUCUUUCAGAAUGCAUUUGAGAUAACCUAUUUCUUCUGGAUAUCGUAUGAGUUCGGGAUUCAUUCUUGCUUCCACAGUAACUUCUAUCUUGCCGUUGCAAGAGUUUGUCUCGGGUUUGGAGUACAAUUCAUGUGCAGCUACAUUACACUACCAUUGUAUGCACUUGUUACCCAGAUGGGAUCGACCAUGAAGAGGUCGAUAUUCGAUGAACAGACGUCGAAAGCCCUGAUGCAAUGGCAUAGAAAGGCUAAGCAUCAGGCUCAUGUUCCGAAGGCAGGAGGAAUGAAAACGACAACACUGGGAGGCGGCAGUCCAGACGACUCAGCUGAAAGUUCCCCAACUCACCCUGGGGACUCCGAUCCAGCGUCCACCGGACAGAUGGCCAACAUCGUUGCCAGCGUGGAUAUUCCCGGGGAUACUGCAUCUGCUGAUGAUGGCAGGUCAAAGUCCACUGACCUUCUAACCGGUCGUCCUUGAGUGAAGUGAUGAAAGCUUGAAAUGUUCAUUCAUAUCAGUCCUGGAUUUAGAUGCACCAGGCGCCACUGAGUUUUGUAAUCUGUAUUGUCAUAUACUUAGGCAGUUAGUCCCUCAGAAAUUUCAUUUUUAGUUAUUAUCCUCUAGCUCAAGAUAUCAUUAUGUAAUUAUUUACACAAAUGAUUCUGUAAAAACAGAAAACUACUACUGCCGUUCUACAUAGUAUUUUUUCCAUUUCCUUGGUUGAUGACAAAUAAAAAAUCAUUCCUUUUCAACAA